GAAGGGGGUGGUGGGUGGAGGAAUAGGACUUGGGGAUGUGGGGGCGCUGGGGAGUCCGCCGAAUCCGGCUGGUCCGCCCGGGAUUGGGGCUCGCCCGCCUGCUUCCGUCGUGCCUGCGGCUCAGCCCGCACAGCAACAGCAGACGGUGGAGUCUCUCCAACCGACACCGAGGCAACCGAUCCAAUCGGCUCAACCUGGACCAUCCGUACCCACCCAACCGCAACAACACCAACAGCAGCAAACCGAAAUUCCACCCCCACCCAAUCUAACAACGACAUUCACGCCACCACAAUGGUCAGGUAUACCCCCGCCCGUCUCACAGCCUAUUUCUGUCUUGCCUGGAGGUGGACCCGCACCUGUGUCACAACUCAAAGAACAGGCGCCGCAGAUGUUUUCCGUUUUGCCUGGAGGUGUAGCGGCGGCGCACGAAGUGGUUGUGGGGAGUGCCGGUGCGCAUCUGGUGCAGGCUGGUGAAGGGGCGGGUGUCGAGGGCAACUGAAGUUGGGACAGGGGCGUGUAAUGGAAAGGGUUUAUGGGUUGGGUAACAAGGAGUGUUG